UUCGUCAACCGGAUGUGUACAUUUAUGAGGAUGACUACGAGCCUAGGCCUGUCAAUGCUCGAGAGGUCGAGACUGAGGAGCUGUUACUCAACAGUGAGGAGAAGAAGUUCACGGCGUUGUCUGAUGACCAAUGUCUCCUGUUAAACGCCACAGUUCGUGGCUUCUCUUUUGUCGAGAAGAAGUGGUUCGAGUUCUUUGUCGACAAGCUCAGCCAUCCAGACUGGUAUCCCGACGCCUUCUCGCAACUCGUCCUCCCCACCGCCCAAAAGAAUCUCGUCCGUGCCCUAGUCUCAAAUCACAUCAAGCAAACCACUGCCUUCGACGACAUCAUCAAAGGCAAAGGCAAAGGUCUCAUCAUGGUCCUACACGGCCCACCAGGCGUCGGCAAAACGUUGACCGCAGAAACAGUAGCAGAAUACUGUCAACGUCCGCUCUACUCCGUCAGCGCGGGAGAUCUAG